AGCUCUGCUAGGGCAAGUAAAAAGGGUUAAAUCGAACAAAAAAAUAAACAGAUAUUCUGAAUUUAGAUACGCCCUCCAGAGUGCAAUACGAACGCACCCUAUAAUGGACACUGCUGGCCAGCAGUGCAAACCGAUAAACUAUUUAAUUUCAGAAUUGGUUACAAUUAGGUUAAGGGUCAGAUUUAGAUUAUAUUGGCUCAUUGUUUUCAGGUCAGUAGGUACCCACACUUUUCUGCGAGUGUCUCUUUUAAAAUCCUCAUCAAUCAGCAGGCAAUCUUUCUACAUGAUUACCUGAUUGGUCAAUCUACACCCACGCCAAGGAAGUGCAAACAGAGUUCUUCCGGUCACUGUGUUUGGUUUGAAUCGAAGAAGGCUGUUUUGGUCCCGGAUACUCUUUUCAUGGCACUUCGAUACAGUGAUUUUCAUAGCAGAAUAUCAGUAAGGAGGAUAUUAGAGGCACUUUAGUCAACAAGAUGAAGAUCAAACAACGUUCAAAAACUACGCCACUGCACAAAAAAACCAUGGGUACUAAACGCCAUGGAAACCUGGGUAUAACACAAACAGAACAUGACCCACAGUCAGGUGAUGACUCCACCGGCAGAGAUGAAUCAGAUUGUACCCAAGCACUCUCAAAGAGCACCAGUUCAACUCAUCAUUCAGAUUCUAGUCCACUCCACAAGGAUCCUGUGGUAGUGCUAACCAGGUUGGCUGAGGUGGUGGUUAAGACACUUCUGAGAGACAUUAAAGUGUGUUUGGUGAAGGAGGUGACGGAUGUCAGGAGGGAUGAAGACAACCAUGGAGGUUCUCCUCAGUUCUUUCCUUGUCCACACUGCACCAUCUCCUUUACUGACUGUUACUUCCUGGAGAACCACAUCAAGACCAAACACCAGAAGCAGUACCUGGCCAUGUUGAGAAGCCAAGUCUCAAAGAGUAAAAUAGUGUACGGCCCCACACACAGCUGUUCCCACUGUAGCUGCAUGUUCCAUACACCACGACAGCUAGACAUCCACACCCGCCAGGCCCACCCCUCUGCCCGUCCCCAGAAACCUGCCCCUCCCCGGAGAACUGGCCGUCCCCACAGGGUACAGGAGAAAUUCCACACCUGCCCACAGUGCUCCCGCAGAUUCAAGUACCUGGGCAGCCUGCUGAAGCACUGCAAGAGUUUGCACAAAAUGGCUGUUGUUCUCACCAAUGGACACAUCAGUUGCGCAGACUGUGAGAAGAGCUUUGAGAAUUGCUGGGGCCUGGGGCCUCACCGGUGUCACGAACCAGAGGGCAAUAAACCUAAGGACGCUAAACAGAUUAUCAUUAAGGAAGUCGGCUUCCAAUGCUUAGAUUGUGGCAAGAUCCUCACUACUCCUACGAGCCUGAACACUCACAUGCGCAUCCACACUGGAGAAAAGCCUUAUGUCUGCAAGGAGUGUGGCAAGCGCUUCUCAGGUACAGGCGCUUACCAUUAUCACUUGUUAAUACACAAUGGGGUCAAGCCAUUCAAAUGUCAGGACUGUGGGAAGGCUUUCAAGCAGAAGUCGCUCCUCAGGAAGCACAUGACUGUUCACUCUGGUGAGAGGAAGUACUCCUGCUCCCAAUGCGACAGGCAGUUUGCAUACAGGGAGAGUCUGAAGCUUCACCUGCGCACACACUCCGGGGCGAGACCUUUCAAAUGUACUGUCUGUGGUAAAGACUUUGCUGACAAAGGUUAUCUGAAGAUGCAUCUGAAGAUUCACAACAACCAGAAAAACUACCAUUGUGGGGUUUGUGGGCAGAAAUUCAUAAGGAUUGGGGUGCUGAACGUACACCUGCGCUCACACACCGGUGAGAGGCCUUACCACUGCACAGUGUGUGACAAGCAGUUUGCCCGACUCGACCACCUGAAGAACCACCAGCGCACUCACACAGGUGAGAAACCAUACACCUGUACCGAGUGCGGUAAAAGCUUCACUCAGUCUGGAGAUCUAACCAAACACAAGCGCCUCCACACCGGGGAGAGGCCAUUUGAAUGUUCGGAAUGCCACAAACGCUUUAUCUGCUCUGCUUCUCUGACCCUGCACAUGAGGACCCACACUCACCGUGACGUAAAGCCAUACUCCUGCCAAGAGUGUGGGAAAAGCUUUUAUGAACAGAGUCAUGUGAACGGCCACAUGAAGAUCCACAAGGGGAAACGUUAUUCCUGCCCCCACUGCUUUCUCAGCUUUGCUCGCAAGUCCAACCUCUCCAAACACCUGCUUAGACGUCAUAAACCUAAAUGAUAAUGAUGUAUAUUAACAUAGCACCUUUUAUGAAACUCUGUUACUCUUAUGAAUUAAAUGGAGGGGAGUCUGAUCUCUUUUGUCAGUGAUCGAUGUGUGACAUCAAAUUCUAACUAAAUUUUGCCCCAUGUUUAUGAUAACGCUGCAAUGUUUUAACAAUCCUCCAGUUGGGUCACAGUGAGCUCCAUGUAUUGGGACAGUGACACGUUUUGUUUCUCCUGCAGCACUUUGGAUUUGAAAUUAUACAACGACUGAGGUUAAAGUGCAGACUCCGCUUUAAUUUGAGGGUAUUUUCAUCCAUAUCAGGUGAACCGCUUAGAAAGAACAGGAUUUUUUUGUACAUGUUCCCCCCCAUUUUUAAGGGAAUGGUUAAAUUAUUUGGUCCCAUAUUCCCAGCAUGCAAUGCUUACAUUAAGCUUGACUGGAUGUGUUUGCUGUUUGUUUUGGUUGUGUGUCAGGGUAUUUUGUGCUCAAUAGAAAUUCAUGGUAAAUAAUGUAUUGUCACUUUUAUUAUAAAUUAGAAUAGUGUAUGUCUUCUAUAUUAGUGGCUACCAUGAUUACGGAUAAAACUGAAUGAAUUGUGAUUAAUGAGUGAAAGUUAGAGGCAUAAAUAUCAUACCCCCUCAAAAUGCUAACCUCCCCUGUUAUUGUAAUGGUAAGAUGUUAGCAUGUCUUGGGGGUAUGAUACUUGUGCGUCUGUACUCUAGCUUUCUCACUCAUUAUUCAGGACUAUCCGUAAUCAUUGUAGCAUCAAACAAGUUUGUAGAGUAACAACCUUGUUGUAAUCAAUAUGUGCUAGGACAAUGGGACCAAGUACUAUACUUUUGACUACUUUUACCACACAAGGAAUUUGUACCAAUUCUUUAAGUCCCCCCCCAUUUUAGGGGAUUAUGUUCAAGAAGUGUCAUUUCUAAACUGUUCAUUUGUUCAUCUGCUCUUUUGUUUUAUGGAUGUUUGCGUUUAACCAGUUCAAUGUCAGCUACAUAAUCCCCAAAAGUAGGUAUCAUGAGGGCCAUAAAUGAUAACUAGUAAUGUUGCAUACUCAAAGGUUUUAAAAAAUCUCACUUCCGGUAAACAAUAGGUAUAGAUUGUUGAGGUCACUAUUGAGGAUACUAGCUCAAGUACACACAGUACAAAUGAUACAAUUCUAUUUGGCAAAAUUGUAUGAAUAGGGCUUUGAAGUGUUUAUUCUAAAUAUUGCUUAAAUUAUAAAAUGACUUUAAGAUAUCAUCUUCCUUAACUUUAAAUUACAUAAUUGUUUAGUGUUAGAGAUUUCAUAUUUUCUGGAUGUUU